AUGUCGGGAAAGCCGUCUCUCCCAUCGCGACUUGCCGCCGUUCUCCCUGUUGGACUGGAUCUUCGGGUAUAUCACCUGUCAACUCCGCCCACACCAGGACCGGCCUUGUUCGCACCUUUGAAUGGCCACGACGAGGAGGCGACCCUCUGCGAGUCCCAUUUUCUGGCUGUCUCCUCGCCGGAGCACGAAGGACGCAGAGAGGUUUUGGUCUACGCAAUUGAAGUCUUGGUUUUCACAACCCAGUCUCUCGUCACUCUCUUUGUUUCAAAGGCCGACUCUUCGGGCUUCUCUUCCCGUCUGAACCAACACAAGGGCUCUCCAUCUGCCGUCGCGGCCAUCACCUCCACCUUUGUGGAGUUUCUGCUUGAACCUCGUCUGAGCAGUUCAAGGGUGGUCGUGUCUCUCUUCGCUCGUUCGCAAAACCAAUACCUUUUCCCUGGGAGUUCUGAGAAUGCUGGAAAACACAUUCUAGACGACCGGCAGCUUAUCAAGUGGUGGUGUCGAGUGCUCGAUAGAGUACUGCGGCUGCCCAAGGAUGAUUUAGUGGCUACUGCGCACCUCUUGGUCCCUGGAUGCGAUAAGGGCGAAACGAGAGCCUUUUUCCCACCAUCAAGUCGAGAGGAUUCCUCUUCUGAUCCGAAAUGGAUCAAUUCAUACCCAGUCAACCUUCUGGUGACUGACCCUUCGAUUCCUCCAAGAAAUGUGAUACCCCGCCUUCCAGACGAUCCCAAGGCGCGGUUCCUUGACGACCUCGAUGGCGACUUUGUCGAUGAGAAAGGAUGUUGGCGGAGUGUGAAAACUCUUGAUCAAUUCUGGGAGAUGAUGUCCUAUAGACAAGAAUGUUCUGCCGGACGACUAGUCGGUUUUCUUUGGCUGGUUUUCUCCCGAGGCCAGACCCAACACGCAGCGCUAGGCGAGCUUGAACGGAGGGGUCAGACGGAGAAUUUAACCAGGCCACCCACUCACUCGAGCCUUGUUACACCUGUCAAUUCUCAGCAACACGAUACCGGCGUGACGGAGUCAAGUGCGCCGACUGCUUCCGUCCUAAAACUGAUUGCAGAACCCAACUCACCACCUUCCUCUUCGCCUAUCCAUCCAGAGCCCGAAUCGAAGCCCUCCGAGCAGACACAAAACGCUGACCGAGGUGCUCCUGUACCUGGACAGGGUGAAAGGUCACCGUUGCCUACAAUCGAACAAAUGCAGGGUGAGCUUGUUAUCAGCACUACUCAAUAUCAGGCUCUGAUGGAUCAUCUUCUGCAAACUGACUUUGCUGGCGAGGCCAUUGCUGCGGAUGCCACAAAAAGUUGGGUAGAUAAAGCUAUGGAGCUGUCCAUGGCGGCCUCAUUUGGGCAUCCGGUACAGGGUCAUGCCACCCCGGUCUUGGCUCUAUCCACAGCACCAGAUACUGUGUCGGCCAAAGUUAACAUGCUGACUGGCGUCCGCAAAAAGAGGAAGGCGGACACAAUGGACAAUGGUACCACCGUCGCCGCCACCACCACUGAGGUUACACAAGAAGCUGCAGUCACGACUGCUAAUUCGUUGUCGGCCAGCUUGGUGAGAAAGAAGCCGAAAUCCUAG